AUGUUUAAGAAUUUAUCUUCAAUACCAGUGCUAGAGGAUAGACAUUCAUUUGAUCUUCUUGGUUUUUGCUUGAUUCCCGACAAACUCUUUGAGAUAGGUGUUGGUAUAGACAUGUUAUUACGCUGGUUACCUGCAUUACCUCUCUUCACCAUGAUCUUCACUGAUGUUAGGGCUCUGCAGGUCUAG